CAUGCUCCUGGUCAUGACUCCAUCCAAUCAACUAUUAUCCCCUGGGCUUGGGAGGAGUCUGUUGGUGUACUGUACUGUAAACACUGAUUGCCUCUCUUAGAAUGAGCAUCAGUUGGCUAAAUGUGGACUGAGUUAAUCCCUAAGGCUUGGGUGAUCUUGUAGUUCCUGGCUCAUGAGAGAAAGUCGUGUUCUGAGACACAAAGGAUUUUUCCCACCUAAUGAUCAGCAGGAGAGCAUGCAGCAUAACAGCACCAGUCACCUGAAGGAAGUCCUAAAGCUAUGUUGACAUCCCUCUACUGUUGCUUCCAUUGAUCUGGGACGACAAUGAGUGCUGACAGUGACGCUGACCAUGCCGAGCUGGCUGACAUGGUUGCAGCCAUCAAUGUGACACCCAGCCAGCCGCAUAAUGGCUUCAGGUCCAACCCAGGCAGGAACCCCCCUCGGCGACUCAGCCUUUCAGACAGGAAGCUGUCACUGCAGGAGCGGGGGACCAGCCGCGUGGCACGCCAGCCCACCAUCGAGUCCAAGCGUGUGUCGAUCUCUGAUUCAGAGGAUUGUAUCCAACUCAACCAGUAUAAGCUGCAGGACGAGAUUGGAAAGGGAUCCUAUGGGGUGGUGAAACUAGCUUACAAUGAGCAUGAUGAACAGUACUAUGCGAUGAAAGUAGUGUCUAAAAAGAAGCUGAUGAAGCAGUGCGGAUUUCCUCGCCGUCCUCCGCCUCGGGGACCCAGCCAGGAGCAAGGACAGUCACCGAUACCGCUGGGACCUCUGGACAGAGUCUACCAGGAGAUUGCUAUUCUGAAGAAAUUGGACCACCUUAAUGUUGUCAAACUGGUAGAGGUUCUUGACGAUCCUUCAGAAGACAAGCUCCAUAUGGCCUUCGAGCUGAUGCCAAAAGGGCCAGUCAUGGAGGUGCCUACAGAUACUGUGUUUACAGAGGAACAGGCUCGCUUCUAUUUCAGAGACAUCAUCCUGGGCAUUGAAUACUUGCACUACCAGAAGAUCAUCCACCGAGAUAUUAAGCCCUCAAACCUGCUUCUGGGAGAUGACGGGCACGUGAAGAUAGCAGACUUUGGUGUGAGUAACGAGUUUGAGGGGAAUGAUGCCCUGCUGUCCAGCACUGCAGGGACCCCAGCUUUCAUGGCCCCUGAGAUGAUGUCAGAGAGCGAGCAGAGCUUUACCGGCAAGGCUUUAGAUGUGUGGGCGAUGGGAAUUACGCUGUACUGCUUUGUCUUUGGCAAGGUCCCUUUCUGUGAUGAUUACAUACUUGCUCUGCACGCCAAAAUCAAGAAUGCUCCUGUAGAGUUCCCAGAGACGCCUGUGUCAUCUGAGGACCUAAAGGAGCUGAUCUCCAAGAUGCUCGAUAAAAACUCAGAAACAAGGGUCAGCAUCCCUGAAAUCAAGCUCCACAGGUGGGUGACGGAGAAUGGUGCUUACCCCCUGCCCCUGGAGGAGGAACACUGCACUGUGAUCGAGGUCACAGAGGAGGAGAUCAAGAACUCUGUCAAACUCAUCCCUAGUCUGUCUGCAGUGAUCCUGGUCAAGUCCAUGCUGAGGAAGCGUUCCUUCGGAAACCCCUUCGAGGGCAGUAGGAGGGCGGUCAGGUCCAUGUCUGCUCCUGGAGGCCUCAUUACGGACACUUGGAAGUUGAGAUCCUCCAAUGUUCAUCCCUCACUGAGAAACACAAGCAGGGAGGAAAGCAGAGAUGGAGAGCUGGAGGACUUGUAUGAAGACGAUGCUUUCACUGAAACUCUGUAGUUGACCUGCUACACAAACAAGAAAAAACAAGCAUGUUAAGAUUUUCAGACCUAUUUGUGUAAAAUAUUUGCUCAGUCAAUAACAGUGUGGAUGCUGUAAUCCCAAUUCCCAUAUGAUUUUUGUGAUGUUCUAAUUGACCAAAUGAAGGAUUUUUACAGUCACAAAAUGUUUGUUAGCUUUUUCAAUGAGAUGUACUUUGUCUAUUUGUGAUGUUACUGCACAUUUGGUUGUGAAUAUCUCUGUGAAUUAUAUUUGUGUGUUCAAAUGUAUCUGUAAAUAUGUAUCAUUGUCAAGAAAAUAUUUUUGCAUGCUUUCAUAACGUAACUACUGAAAAUAAUAAACCAAAGCUAUAAUUCUUGUUGUCAAAUAUUUAGUUUU